GUGCCCGCGGCAGACGAGACACCUCCCUUCCACUGCACAGAGGUGUGCAAUUGGUGCUUGGCCAGACAACUUGACUCAGAGAAUGAUCAACUUGACGGUCUGCAGCAAGGUUUGUUUGAUGGAUGUUUGGAGGACCAGACGGGGUCUGCUGAUGAGUCAUGGAAUCAUGUAGGUUUUGCUGACGGUGUUGGGUCGCCUGCUUUUGACGCUGAAAAUCAAUCUACAGCACACAUGAGCUUCAUGGAUGACUCACGUCCUUUUUUCAUGACGCCAAAGCCGAAGUCCAGACCUCAGAGUUCCUCCAGUUCUUCUUCAGUAACCUUGGGUAUCAAACGAACUGCAGAUGAGUUUGCAUCACACUUGUUGCACAUACAGAUGUCGGAUUUGAAGCAGCCGUGGCAGAAGAGCCCCCUAGCGGCCAUCUUUUCCAAGCCAAAGGCGCCUUGGGAGGGACGCUCAGCAGGUGCUCUCUUUUCUGGGGUCGGGAUGGCAGACCAUAUUUCUGCCGGUGACUCAGCAGCUGCAAUCCCGAAACAAAUCAAACAGAUGGAGACAGCUGUGCAACGUAUCAGGACGGCUAGGUUUGUUACAACAGAUGAUGACUACAGAUGUCUGUCAUGGUCACGGUACAAGACCACGGUUUUGCUUGAAGUGGAUGCUACAAGGUUGGGUCUUUCUUUGGUGACGUUUGCUGGCACUCGUUGCACAUCAGAUGACUUGGCACUGAUUUUCAAUGAUGUCUUUGUCCCUAAGUCUUCAGGAACUCUUCUCAAGCGUUGCAACUCCAUGUGGAGGUUUUCUUGCUGGCUGCAGAUUUUUUUUUUGGGAUCCCCUUUCAACCAACCAGAGGACAUCAUUUAUGCGUAUGUCUGUCACCUGCGCUGCGUUGAAGCAGGGCUGACCACACCGGCUCAGUUCAUCAAGGCAUUGCUAUUUUCAAAUGCUUUGUUGGGAUUUUGCAAGACAGAGCUCGAUGUCAUGCUCAGUGCACGUGUUGUGGGGGCGGUCCAUGCAAUCUACCUGACAAAAGGGGUGAGAAAGCCGGCAGAGGUGCUCACCACAUUUGAGGUGCGAGAGCUUGAGUUAAUUUGCCUGCGUGAAGGCCUUUUGCAUCGCAAAGUCAUUGCUGGCCACUUGAUUUUCUGCAUGAUGGCAGCUGCAAGAUGGCAUGACUCUAUGCAUGUGGUUUCAAGCGAAUUGUCGAAUGCAGGAAAGCUUGCACUACGGGAGGCCGCAACUGCCAAGCACAAACCGCCCCGGUCCAAAGAACAACAGGGAGAGCUGUUACCUCUUACAGCACUUGGUCAGACGUUGGCAGAUGAACGUUGGGCAGAACAUUGGAUGGUAGCACGGAAGCAGGCGCACUGCGAAAGCUGGCCCCAAUUUUUGUGUUCAUGGUCAGAACAGGUGCAUGGCUGGACAGAUUCAAGGAUGUCAACAGCAGAAGCUUCCUGCUGGCUUAGGGGGCUUUUGGAACCAACAGUAGGUGCAGCACGAGCCUCGAUGCUCACUGUCCACGCGCUCAAGGCGACCAUGCUCAGUUGGGCUGCUGCCAAGAGUUUACUUUUCUCACCAGAGGAGCAACUAGCGUUGGGCCACCAUGUCAGCUCGCAAUACAAGUCUGCUUUGAUUUACUCACGGGACAACCAAAUUGGAUUGUGCCUGAAGAUCCAUAUCAUGCUCGAAAAGAUCAGACAGGAGACCUUCCAGCCUGACAACGACAGGGUUCAGAGGCUUCUGCAACUGACAACGGACCGCGCACGUGAGAUGCAGGAGGAAGAGAGUGACAAUUCCUCCAGCUCAUCAGACGCAUCCGGCGUCGCUUCUUUGGAUGGCGAGCACGAGGAUAUUGAUGCACUGGCGGCCGCAGACACAACCUGCUAUGCUACGUUUGCUUAUUGUUGCAAUUUUCAACCUGGACAGUCAGAUGAGUCCGCCUCGACAGCCUUCUUGACGACGUCCUUGGGGGCUGCUCCCUCGGCGGCGGUAGCCUCAAAGCUUCGUCGCCUCCUUUUUGAGGUGCAUGCCCUGUCCUUAGAAGAUUUGAAAGCCAGAGCUGAUCGGAAUGAAACCAGUGAAGCACGGGACAUUCCACUUGCAGAAAAGAUGGACAGGAUCAGACAGGAACAGCAACGUGGACUGGAGCUUAGCAAGCGUCAGAAACUUGAAGACACCAACGUCACUGGAGAGCAUAGGCUUCGACAGGCCUCUUUGCGCAGAAGUCUAACAUAUGAUUUGUCGGGUAUGGCAACCUUCACAGCUUCGAGUUUUUGGACACAGAAGCUUCUUGAGAAAAUGCAUGAGCAACCCCUGGCAAAUUAUCACAGCAUUUCAGUGGAACAGAUUAUCAAUGCAGACAAGGCGCUUUGGGUUAGGCUGUCAAAUGAAACUCGAAGCACGCUGCAACCCAAGACUGGCGAAGCAAAGGCAUUUGAUACUGCCUUUACGAGACUGUGCGAGCAUCCAGAGGUGCUACAACAUUUGGCGCCGUUGCAGAGCCCUACAAGUUCAAGGCCUGAACAACCUUUCAGCUCCUUUCAGGCCCCAAAGGGCCAGGGCUCUUACCAGACGGACGGAAAAGGCAAACAAGGAAAGGGGAAAUGCAAAACGCCAGGUUUCAUGGAGGGUACAGCUUUCACCUUGCAACCUGUGGUUGUCGAGAUUUGUUGUGGACGUCUGGACUUCAGCCGCAUUAAAGGCCGUUCAUGGUCGUGGCAAUUGCUAUUGCUCCUGGUGCAAGAGACAAACAAUGGGCCUUUCAUCAAAUGGUAUUCCCUUUUGGAGAGUGUUUAUUUGGAUGCUCGUGCCCAUGGCAGCAUGCGUGACAAGCGCAAAAACUUUUGGCAACGGAAGUAUCCAUUGCUCUUAUGCACCAGAAUGGCCGAGUGUGCUCGCCAGGCUGCCGAGGGUCACAACACCGAGCAGCAUGAGAGCACAGAUGACACCAAAACACAGAUGACACCAAAACAGGAGGACGAGCAGGCCUACUGGAUACCACAAAUGAUGAGGUGUGGUUUCCUCCAAGGGCCGUACAUGGAACAACAAAUCUUAGUCUCGCUAGAGACAGAGGAGUGGUCGUUGAAUCUUCGUUUCGUCCUCUUUCAGGGCACAGGUGGCAAGGCGCUCUGGUUUGUUUUGACCAAGCUCCUGGCGGCAGUAACAAGUCAUUACUUCGAUAACUCUCCCACGCUGGAAAGAGAUGCUGGUUGCCGAGUAUUGACCCUGGCGUUCAGCGCUGUAUUGGACAUGUCGGGCUGGGCGCAUGCAAAAGAAGGAGACAUAGCUUUGAAUUUUGCCGAAGCCUUUGACCUUCUAGGUGUCACCUUCAACUUGAGUCAAAUCCCCUGGAAGUCCUUUGGCCGGUGUAUUCAUGGGUAG